UAUAGAGGGGGUGGGGGGGCUGCGACGGUGCCACAAGAUUGGGGACCAUCUGGAGGAGCACUGGUGGGACCGCCGAGGCGGGAUGGAGUAAGGAUUCCCGGAGACCGGGCUGCAGAAGCCAAUGGAACAGAGAAGGGAGCGCUGGAUGAAUUAGACUCUGACGGACCCCUCUGAAAACUCAAGCAGGGAGGAUGGGUGUGUUGAUGUCCAAGAGGCAGACGGUGGAGCAGGUGCAGAAGGUCAGCAUCGCCGUGUCCGCGUUCAAGGAUGGGCUGAAGGAACGGCCGCCCAGCAAGAGGAAGUCCGAGGGCUGCAUCAGGAAAGCGAGCAAAGGGGACAUUCUGGACAAGGUCCUGGAAGAGGACAAGGAUGAAACUGAUUCCAAUAAUGGAUCCCCAUGCCAGUCUGAGCCUCGGCAGGAGAACCCCAUCAACCGAGUGGCCUGGGAGAGACUGCGAGACGGCAAAGGGGUGGAACCUGACGAAUUUGAUAAAACCAAACGUUUCACCCCGCCGGCCUUCAUCAGACCUACCCGGGCUUUGAACGAUGACGAUUCUCCGGGGAUCAGCCUGGAGCAACGAGAAGAGAUGACCAAUGAUGAGAUGUGUGAAAUUUGCGAAGUGUGGACUGCUGAGAGCCUCUUUCCAUGCCGGAUCUGUUCUCGGGUCUUCCACGAUGGCUGUCUGCGCCGGAUGGGCUACCUGCUCGAUGACAAUGCACUUGAAGUCACGGAAAUGGCACAUACAGAGACAGGAUGGAGCUGUUAUUAUUGUGACAAUCUGAACUUACUGCUAACGGAGGAGGAGAUGUACAGCCUGAAUGAGACCUUCAGCCAGUGUAAAGUCAUCCCAGAAUGUCCGCUGACCUUGGAUGACUUCCUCCACUACAAACACCUGGUGAACCGGCGUAUGCAGGAGAAGCAGCUGAGUGACGAGCUGGAGGAACAAGCCACUCUGCAGUUCUCCUCCAUGGAUCCCGAGAAGAAGGGACAGAUAGAAUGGGCCGAUUUCCUGUCCCAUGAGUCCGUCUGCCUGCUGCAAAAACUGCGUACCCAGAAUUCUCUGCUGCGACUAUUAUCCACCAAGGAGCGGGAGCGAGCCCGUACUACGUUCCUGUCCCUGGAUCAGGACAAUGACCAGCUGAUCACCGGCAGCGAAUGCCGAAGGGCGCAGCAUGGUUGGUUCCUCAAGCCGGCUAAAGAGGCAGCUUCAUGUAAUGUAAGUAUUAGCCAUGUUGGGCCGAUGUCGGAGAGCAGUCCGGCCAGCAGCACCAGUGGAAAAAGCCAGGAGAAGAUCCCUCUUACCACAGAGUCCGAUGACAACAGACAAGUCAACUGGGACACCUUCCUGAAGAAGAAUGUUAUUUUCAUUCUUGCAGCUCGGCCAAACAGUUCUGCCAUCCAUCUAAAGCCAUCAAUAUAAAUAACCAGAGGCAUAGUCAUGGCUACCAAAAAAAUAAAGCCAACAAGAAGAUCCUGAACAUGGUCAGUUGAAUGACAUUAAGCAAGGAAUGUGUGUUCUACCAGAAUGAGACAUUGUCAGGCUGACCCGAAGAGCACAGAAGAUUGAUUUGCCCCAAAAUUGUCUUCCCAAAUGAGCCCGUCGACCCAAUAACUGUAUUUUUAUGAUCACCAAGCUCCAGAUGAUAGCUAUAAAUAUUGUAUUGACUUUCUGAAGACUCUCAUCCAACAACCUCACAAUUAUUAAGGUUUAGAGUUCACGGACAGUGUCACUCCUUAUUUAUUUACCUAGGAUUUAAAAGAGAUAGGGGGCUUGAAAUUAUUACUUUAGUUGUGGCAAAAUGUAUUAUUCCGGCUUUUUCCUCUCAUUUUGGGUCUAACUUAUUUGUCCUUGGUUAAAGAAUUGCUAAUUUUGGCGGGAAGGGGGGCGGGGGAUUGACAUCAUACAAAACAUAUUUAAUGCCUAGUCUAUAGUAGUUUGUUUUGCAAUUUUUGUUUUCAGCUGUAAAAAAACUGUUUAAUGAAAUGUUUAUAUAUGUAACAAAAGGGAUUAACGUUUUUUAAAUCAUGGGCAGGCCUCCAUUACUGCGAGAAACGACUGCAUUUUAUAAGUAUGUUUGCAAGUGCACACAUAUACAAAGACCUUAUAUUGACUGUUAUCAUCAUUAUCAUUUGCAGGGUUUAAGACUAACUAGAAUUGUUGAGAUUCUGGCACUUCUCUUCCUUAGGUAUUCCAAGGUGUUUCCUAGCCUACUGGGAAGUUAACACCACCAUUUUGGAUUGGCCUAUAACCUUCUUUUAGAUGGACCUACUUGGAACCACUUUAUUAGGAGCCAUCAAUAUGCAGGGUUUAAGACUAAUUGGAAUUGUUGAGAUUCUGGCACUUCUCUUCCUUAGAUAUUCCAAGGUGUUUCCUAGCCUACCGGGGAGUUACUGUAACUCCACCAUUUUGGAUUGGCCUAUGACCUUCUUUUAGAUGGACCUACUUGGAACCACUUCAUUGGGAGCCAUCAGGAGACAUCAAUAUAAAAUGUCCAAACCAUGUCAUCUUAGGAGGUUUAACCUGAUAAGCAUCUAGAUCACAAAGACUCUUAGCCUUCUCUUAGAUGGGCAGAAGGUCUCUUCGUUGCUGCUUGUAUUUGUUCUUUAAGUCAUUACCCAUUGCUCUUGAUCAUAGGUCAAGACAGGGAAGUAGUAUGGCCAUUAAAAUGGAAGUCUUGUCCUAAAAAGGCAAAUCUUGCUUCCCUGCCAAAGACUAGUGCAACCAAACUAUAGCCUCUGACCUAAACCACUUGUCAAUCUUAUAGUCCUACUUUCUAACGAGCAUGAACUUGAUCCCGUGAUUCAGGACUUCUCUAGCAGAAGCCAGUGACAGAACAUUGUGGCUUCAGAUUUAGAACGCUCACCUACCAUCUACUCAAAGUUGAAGGUUACAGUCAGGUGGAUCCAAAUGGACAAGAGGUGACAUUCUUUUUAUGCUAUAGAAUUACACAUCAGAUUGUACUUCUGUGAAUAUUCAUGGUAAAACUGGUGGGCUGUGAUUUGAAUUCACUAGCCAGAAGAUUUUGUCUACUGUUCUCUUUGCUUUUGGACUGUCCAAGGUACACGUCGAUUUUUCGAAGAUAUGAUUACAUCUAAAGCAUCAGAUUGUAGUACCAUGUUAGCUGUUAAGGGUAUCAACAAAUUUUGCUAACAGUGAAAGGAUUUGAAAGUUUAUUUAAAAGAGAAAAAGUAAUAAGUGAUGUUUAAAGAGU